AUGCAACCUCCACCAAAUAUCACAACUCCUAAUUCACUUGUUAAGUACGCAAGUGCAGUACUUGUUUCUACAAGUGGUAAGCGUAACCUUCUUGAUAAGCAAAAAGGCAAAGCACCCAAUAGCAUCACUAAUGCCCAAACAGAAGAUAUCUUGAACAGUAUUUUACCCCCUAGAGAAUACACUAUGGAUAAGCAAUAGUUAUGGAUUUAAAGUGUUAGUGCUACUCCUGCAACUAGGGCUGAUGUUUUAGAAUUAUAAAGCAAUCUUGAUAAAAAAUUAUAAUAAAGAUAAGCAAGAGAGACAGGUAUUUGCCCAAUUAGAGAAGAACUUUAUGCUUAAUGCUUUGAUGAAUUAAUUAGAUAAAUUACAAUUAAUUGUGCAGAAAGAGGUUUGUUGUUAGUUAGAGUUAGAGACGAAAUCAAGCAUACAAUUCAAGCCUACCAAACACUUUAUGAAAGCUCUAUAGCUUAUGGAAUGAGAAAGGCAUUGUAGGCUGAAUAAAAGAAAGCAGAAAUGGAAAGUAAAAAGAAAUAGCUUGAAGUAGAAUGCAACGAAUUAUCAAAAUAAGUUGAAACAUUAGAAAAAAAGAUAGAAGAAAUAGAGCAAAACGACUAAGAAUAAAGAGAAAAUGAUGAAAAAAUGCAUGCUGAAUAAGUUGAUCAUCUUAAAAAAACUAAUCAAAGAUUUAAAGAAGAGUUGGAAAAGUUACUUUCUGGCCCUUAACCCCAAGCUAAAAAAUGA